UUCUUGGUGUCUCACUGUAGACAAGGCUCAGUGGUCACGGAUGUGGCUUUACAGUUUAAAGAAGAAGUGAGCCAGGCUGAGUUAGUCAGCACAUCAGAAGUGAAGAGGAUUCUGGGAAACGCUGCAUCCACUGGAAGCUCUUUUCCUUUGAACAUCAUACCAACUUCCAUACAGGCUUUUGAGGAAACCGUGGUACUGGUGAAUCUCUCCCUGGUCCUUUCCUUUUCAAUGUCUCUCAAUGACUCCAUGUCUUCAUAUUACAUAGAGACUAGCAAUGCACUCUACCGAUGGCUUGAAGGAGCAUUUUCUAGAGAAUAUGGGGACAGGAGCAUGUCGUCAACAGUGAAGUUCAGAAAUAUUGACGGCUGGGUGGGUGCAAUUGUAGCGUUGAAAUAUAAUGUAGAACAGAGGACGCCAGAUGAUGUUCUGACGGCUGCUGUUCUCAGCUCCCAGAGUCCCUUCCUCUACCUGAAGCACUUCCUCUCAGUCAAUGGUUUUUUGCCCCCGGUGGACGUGUUCCCCCUGUCUCUGAGGAUCACUAGCCUGAGUUUCACAGCGGAUCUGGAGGACCGUGGCUCCGAUCGCUUCCUUCUCUACAGCACACUCAUUCGUACAUCUGUAACAAAACUUUAUCAAGAACAAAAUGGAUUUUGGGAUGUCUAUGUGACUAAAAUGACUUCAGGAUCUGUGCUGGCACAGCUGGCCGUGAUCUUUGAGAAGACUGGGAUCUCUUCCUCCACCGUCGCCCAGGUGUUGGAGACUGGUCUGCCUCAGCUGGAACUCGACGGCCUUACAGUGGACCCAACCUCCCUGUUCAACAACACAGAGUCCCAGCCUUCGCCGUUUCCCAGGUCUUUCCCUGGAUAUGCUGUGGCCAUCAUUGUCAUGUGUGGACUCGUCAUCAUUCUGCUUUUUGUAGCUCUGGUGCUCGGGUGUAAAACAGGGAUGUGGGAGAAGCUGAAGAGGUCUCUGUCAUCCAGCUCCCAGCAGUACAAUAUUGCUGCAGCUCAUAAUGCCGUCUGAUUUGCACAUUUAUUUCUGACAGUGUAGGCCAUGUUUUAUGUCUUAUUUCAUUAUAAUUGUAUUAAGUCAACCAUGCAUAUUACACAUCAAUAAUGAAAACACCACCUGCAUUACGCGUGAAUGUACAAUGAAUGUUCCAGAAUGUUUCACAGAUGAUCAAUGCACUGAUGUGGCACGGUAAAAUGUAUUGAUCUUCUGUUAUUACUCCACACUCAUUAUGAUGUCAUAAUGAGAUAUAGACCAGCAUUCCCCCAGUCAGAGAGUUAUUGCUCUGGCACAUGUUUAAUCUAACCUGCGUUUCCUGAAGACUUCUUAACUCUACGUCCUUCGCAAGUUGAUAAAAGCAUCAGCUGACUGACCGCAACAUUUCAUUUAUUUAUUAGUAUUUAUGACCGAGAUAAUCAAAUCACCGCCGUUGAGAGCAGAUAACUGCUGGUUUUCAAUACACAGACAAUUACUAUGACCACAUCUCACUUCAGGACCAACCUGUCCACCAUAGGUGCAUGGGGUCAUAAUAUGAUAUUUUAACAAAGUAGGCCUUAGAUGGGAAAAUGACAACAAAUAGAUAAAACAUGAAUUAACCAACACAUGUCUGGUUUAUUAAAAUGU